AGACAUCUAAACGCCCUGAAACAGAACCCAUAUUUCUGUCGACAACCCCAGAUUUCCAAUCGUCUCACCUCAUCCUGGCACCGCCUUUUCCACUUUCUCAACCACCACCACCACCACCAUGGAAAGGGAAGCGGUCAACCCCCGUCCGCAUGACCGUUCCUGCUUCGGUUGUAUCCACCAGGUCAAAAUGUCUAUAUAUAAACAUCUCAUCCCAUCUCCGUCACCUUCCACAGCUACGGCCUCUCUAACCAUCUCACCAUCUCAACAACAUCGACAGCCAAAAUGAGCGCCUUCCUCGGUCUAGUCCCCCAAUAUCCGAGUCCAACCCUGGAACCACCACCACCCUACGGCAGCACAUCCUCUCAACUCCGACCCCUCCGCCACCGCCGCCCUGCUUCUUCUCUCCCCAGCACUUACACCCCCUACCCGCCAGACGCACCAUGUCUGCCCAACCGCACCAUGGUCCAGGGAUUCGAGUGGUACUGCCCUCCGGAUUUCCAACACUGGCGGCGCCUGACGAAAAUCAUUCCCACGCUCGCCCAACUCGGCAUCACCCAGAUCUGGAUCCCACCCGCUUGCAAAGCCAGCUGGAAGACCGGCAACGGGUACGACAUCUACGACCUCUACGACCUAGGGGAGUUCGAACAAAAGGGCUCUCGCAAGACGAAAUGGGGCGGAAAGGAAGAACUCCAGCAACUAGUCGCCGUCGGAGCCCAAUACGGCGUCUCCGUCCUCUUCGACGCCGUGCUCAACCACAAAGCCGCCGCGGACUUUAAGGAGCCGGUCCUCGCUCGACGAGUGGACCCCAAGGACCGAAGGGUGGUGUUAGACAAAAAGCCUUCGGAGAUCGAAGCCUGGACCGGCUAUGAUUUUCCGGGAAGACAGGAGACAUACUCCCCGCUCCGCUGGUCGGCGCGACACUACAAGGGCAUCGACUACGACGACCUGCGCAAGGCGAACGCGAUCUGGAAGUUUGAAGGCAAAGAGUGGUCAGAGGACGUAGACGAAGAAAACGGAAACUACGAUUACCUCAUGUUCGCAGACAUCGACCACCAGCACUCCGAAGUGAAGCGGGAUCUUUUCCACUGGACAUGGUGGCUCAAAUCGGAACUGCCCCAACUCGGCGGGUUACGGUUAGACGCCAUAAAACACUACUCCUAUUCCUUCGUCCGCGAACUGUUGGGGCACAUCGACCGCCACGUCUCUCCCGGCCCACCCGGCAGUCCAGAGACUUGGUUCAUAGUAGGCGAAUACUGGCGCGAAGAUUCCGAGUUCUUAGCUCGCUACAUCGAAUUCAUGCACCACCGCCUCUCGCUCUUCGACGUGCAGUUGGUCUCCAACUUCUUCCGCAUCUCUUUAGCCUCCGAACACCUCCAAUCCUCUGCUCCAGGAAUCACCUACGGCAGCCCCGACACCGACCUCCGUCUCCUUUUCGACGACACCUUAUGCGUCUGGAAACCGCACAAUACCAUCUCCUUCGUCGUAAACCACGACACGCAAAAGGGUCAAUCGCUGGAAACCCCCAUAGCGCCCUUUUUCAUGCUCCUCGCCUAUUCCUUGAUCCUCCUCCGCGCCAACGCCGGUAUUCCCUGCGUAUUCUGGUCUGAUCUCUACGGUUCCUUCGGCGUCACCUCCACUUCCACCCCCUCGUCCGAAGACGCCGCCUCGCCCCAAGAUACGCCCCUACCGAACCCACAACACUGGAAGCCACCAAUGUGUGGCGGGCAAGUACUGCCGAAGUUGAUGCUGGCGAGGCGGUUGUGGGCGUACGGGACGCAGCACGAUUACUUUGAUUAUCCGCAUUGCGUUGGGUUUACGAGGACGGGACAUUAUAGUCAGUCGGGGGGCGCGGGAGUGGCGUGCGUGAUGGCAAAUUGGUGGGAGCAUGCUAGUAAGAGGAUGUAUGUGAGCGUGGAACAUGCGGGCGAGGUGUGGACGGAUUUGCUCAAGUUUGCCCCGGGCGAGGUGGUGAUUGAUGAGGAAGGAUGGGGAGUGUUUCCGGUGGCGGCGAGGAGUGUGGCUGUUUGGGUUAGUAGGGAGGCUGAAGGGCGGGAGGGGGUUGAUGCGUUUGAACUGGACACCGACGUUUACGGUUUCAACAAGAGACAGCAGGAACAGGCGUAUGAGAGUCAGAGGGGACCGGCGGUGGAGGAGGAGCCGGAGGAUUGGAUGGUUGCUGCGAGGGGAGCAGCGGCCGAGUACUUGGCCAUGACAGGAUCUGAUUAGACGUAGGUGGAGAGGCGACUGGACGUUGAUGCCCUAGCGGUGUGAUGUCUAGGCCAGUCUAGAGACGACGGCGGUGAUGAACAGGCACUGGCUGCCAUAUAGAGAAGUAUCACCAGUGCAUCAUACGAAACAUAGUCAU